AUGCACAUAUUGCAAAAUAUAGAAUUUGUAAGGAAUUAUUAAGUUCUUAUGAACCUCAUUCUGAUAUUCCUUUUUCAACUGAUCCUCAAAUAGGACCUAGCAGUAUAUCUUCAAUUAAUAUCUCUUCACCUACUUUACUUGAUUCUGAAUUUCAAGAAUCAUUUCUUCCUAAUAGUGAUGAUGAGAAAACCAUAAUGAACUAUUCUGCUCCUGAUAUUGAAAACAAAUAUGAAGAAGAAUUUGAACAUAUUGAUAAUCUUGACAAUAGCUUUGGUUGGAUAUUAAUUUGGAUCCUAAGAUAUCAACAAAGAUAUCAGUUAUCUGAUACUGCAAAAGAAUCAUUA